AUGAAAAAGGAAGAAAAUCCUUAUUCAAGGAAGGUUGAAAACCCGUACGACAAAAAAGCAGAAAACCCAUAUUAUAAGAAUCAAGAAGAAAACCCUUACCUUAAAAGGCAGGAAGAUAGACCCUAUGAAGUGAACUUUUAUCAUAAGAAAUGUGAAGAAAAAGAAAAACCGAUUUUAGUCGAAAAGAAUGAAGUUUUGGAAUUCUAUCAUAAGUUUCACAAAGAAAAUCCUUAUUUAAAAGAGCAUCUUAAAGAAAAACCAAACGCUGAUUUUGUUAUUGAGAUCGCUAAUCCCAUCAUAACUAAUCCCGAGAGUCCUUCGAUUCUAAAAGUCGAUCGUUUUCGUUUGAGAAACGUUCCUGUUCAUAAGGAUAACCCUUAUGUGAAUUGGAAGUUUUCAAGUAUUAAGGAUAUUGAUAAUAAUCAUGAAGCAAAAUGUAUAAAGUCUUCCGCAAUAGUUGACGAUCAAUAUAUACGAAUCGACGCGUUUACUGUUACUCCGAAGCCAUUUAUUCUUGAUGAUUUAAUUGAACUUGAUUGGAAGCUUAAUGAGGAAUUUAUUGAUGCUGUAAGAAUUGAACAAAGAGAUUUUGAACUAAAUGUUGUCGCGAAUGAGUGUAAAGAUGAACGGAUACAAGAUGUUGUUGAACGCGCCGAACAUGAUAAAGUCAAAAAGGAUGAAAAGGUUGAUGAUGAUAUACAAUCACCUGGAGAUAUUGGAGUUGAUGAUUCGUAA